GGCUUGAUAUGGAAUCCCCACAGCACAAUGGCUGGCAGCCAGGAGCUGGCACAAGGAACAGAUGUGCAAGGGGAUGUGGGCAGGUGGGACCAUUCCACACGUCUUCGUGCGAUGCCUGGUUGUUCGGGCAUUCUGGGAAUGGUGGGUGCAGGAAUUGGCAGAUCAAUCUCCAUUGAAUGUCACAGAAGAGGAGGAUGCGGCCAUACUCCUCGGAGACUUUAUCAAAGUGGAUAGAUCGAGACUGGUAGAUCUGGUGGCGGUGGAGACCAUACAUGCGGCGGUAUUGUGGGCCUUGUGGACCCUGAGGAGUGAGCGGUGUCGACAGGGAACAUCUCCACCGCUGCAGGCUUACAAGGAAAGAGCUUUGGAGAAUGUUAGAACUGCUCUAAUGGCUGACCUGCACCGAAGCAGACGAAAGGAGGCGGAGUCGUAUGUAACUAAGGAUGAGAAGGCAGCGUUGGCCGUUGAGCUAGCAGCCAUGACAGACCCAAUGGAACGAAGAGCGAGGAAAGACGAGCAAAAGUUAGCCUGGAAGUUGAGAAUGAAGAGGGAGAAGAAGAGGAGGAGAGAGGAAGUGAAUAAGAUGACCGCAACAGUGGCAAAGGUGCAGGAGUGUAGAGCGGAGGUGCUGGCCCAACCAGACGAUAAGGCCAAGUGGGACAAAGUACUGGGGUACCUGGAGGUAUUGAGCAAGGCCUGGAUGGAGGAGCGCCAGGCAAGCUGGAGCCAGGAUGUAGCAUUGAGUGCCAUGCGGUCAGGGCUUAGAGAUUUUGCGCACGAGAUCGUCACCCAUAUUGGGGGCGAAGUGAAGCACUUGAGAGAUGAUGUAGGGAAGUUUUGUGAGGGCGCUAUUCAGGGUGCCAAAGCUGUAGCCGCUGUAGAGGGAGAGGCCAGACCCCUAGCGUACUUAGAUGAUAUCCUAGUCUUUAGUAAGACCCUCAAGGAGCACCAGGGUCAUCUGAGGCAGGUCUUGGAGAAGCUUAGAGAGGCUAACUUCAAGAUCAAUGCGAAGAAGUGCGAGUGGGCCAAGACGCAAGUCUUAUACUUGGGCCACGUGUUGGACGGAGAUGGCAUUAAGCCAGAGGACAGCAAGAUAGCGGCGAUUAGAGAUUGGCCGACGCCCCGCACGUUGACAGAGUUGCGGUCGUUCCUAGGCCGAGCUAACUACUACAGGAAGUUCGUGAGGAACUUCUCCACUAUCGUCGCUCCCUUGCGCAGGUUGUUGAAGAAAGAGGCUAUCUGGCAAUGGGACAAAGAUAGUAUGUCUGCGCUCAAGAAGCUAAAGCGCGCGUUAAUAGAAUAUCCUGUCCUCAAAGUUGCAGAUCCAUCUUUUCCAUUUGUCGUCACCACGGACGUGAGUCAGUAUGGGAUAGGCGCCGUGUUGCAGCAAGACGACGGSAAUGGCUAUAGACCCGUAGAGUUCAUGUCAGCGAGGAUGCCCUACAAUGUGUUUGGACCAGAGAUCAAGACGGAAGAAAUUUAUCGAACUCACAUUCAGGACAUCAUCCUGAAUUCAAUUGACGGUUUCAAUGCCACGGUGUUUGCUUAUGGGCAAACCAGUAGUGGCAAGACUUUCACGAUGCGAGGUGGUGCUGCGGAGUCUGGCAUUAUUCCUUUGGCUGUGCAAGAUGUCUUUGUGAACUCUGAAUCAGGAACAGAUCGUGAGUACCUGAUUCGGGUUGCGUACAUGGAGAUUUAUAACGAAGAGAUCAAUGACUUGUUGGCCCCAGAAAGCAAGAAAUUACAGGUUCAUGAAAGCCCAGAAAGGGGCUUCUUCGUUGCUGGUCUGAGAGAAGAAAUUGUAACGAAUCCCGAGAGGGUGUUGGAGCUGAUGGAGAUAGGAGAAAGAAACCGUCACUUUGGAGAAACGAACAUGAAUCAGAACAGCAGCCGUUCCCAUACUAUUUUUCGAAUGGUCAUUGAGAGCCGAGAUCAGUUAGUAGAUGAACAACUGUCUGGCCCUCCCCUUGGAUCAAGUGAUGCAGUACGUGUUGCAACCUUGAAUUUGGUUGAUCUAGCAGGGUCGGAACGAAUCACAAAGACAGGAUCAGGUGGAGAACGUAUGAAGGAGGGAACAUUCAUCAACAAGAGCCUCCACGUCCUUGGGAAGGUCAUCAAUAAACUAAGCGAAGGCAGUGACAGACUUGGGCUCCACAUCCCAUAUCGGGAAAGUUCGUUGACUCGAAUUCUGCAACCGGCACUAGGAGGAAACUCGAAAACGGCCAUUAUUUGCAAUGUCACUCCUUCAGCUAUCCACAUUGAGGAGACAAAGACGACACUCCAGUUCGCAAGCCGUGCUAAAAAAGUGACAAAUUGUGCACAGGUUAACGAGGUGUUGACAGAUGCAGCUGUGUUGAAGAGGCAGGCUCAUGAAAUUGAAGACCUGAAAAAGAAGUUGCAGGCAGUGAACUCUGCAGAGAUAAACAAGCAAAUACAGCUCCUGCGAAAUCAACUCCUGAAGGCGGAGCUGGAAGCUGAGAGAAUGGCCCUUGAGCUUGAGGAACAGAAGGCUGAAAAUGAACGAAAGAUUAAGGAACAGCAACAAAAGAUCAGAAACCUUAGCAGCAUGGUGAUAAACUCGGCAAGUGAUGGUCAUCAAGAAAAACGGGCGAAUCGAGUAAGUGUAUAGUUUACCUGGUUGUGUCAGAUUUAUCUUGCAGUACCUGGUGUGCUGAACUCGUUUAGCACAGCCUUGAAAGUUGAAACUGGUCUAAAAAGGUUUUGGUGGAGAGUCAGGCUCGAGAAUAUGCGAAAACGGAACAGAAGGCUGAAAAUGAACGAAAGAUUAAGGAACAGCAACAAAAGAUCAGGAACCUU